AUGACCAAUGACAGUCCGUCAUUAUAUGACGAGCAAGACAACAGCGACAAUGAUAGGGAUAUAUACUCGUCAGAAUCGUCAUCUUCCUAUGACAGUGAAUCUGAUGAUUCCUCCUCCUCCUCCUCCUCCUCGAGUGGUCAUCAUCCAGGUGCAGAUGGCGACACGGAUAAUAGCAACAAUAGGAUUUCUCCUUCGCUACUCGUCUCAUACCACCAUCAUCACGAUCACAGCAGGUCUUCUACUAUUCCAAUAAAUGCUACCAUGAGACGGCGGCGUGGUUCGCAACAUGCAUUGCAGUCAUCAUCACAGAGAGACAAUCGCAACGAAGCUGAUUUAGAAAACUUUUAUUCACCCGCCAAACGGCGGAGGGGUUCCGCAAACAAGAAGAAGAAGAAGAAUCGGUACCUCCUCGUUCGUAUUUAUGACAUUUGGUGUCGUCUAUCCUCCUACUUUUUGAUUCUGGCCAUAAUCAUUUGGGUUCUAGUUCAAAUCUAUGGAAUGCUAGUACACGGUCCGCAAGAGAGCGGAAUGUUCGCGGCAACAACUCGUCCUAGAAACACAAUAAGACUCUCUCCUCAGGAGUUUUGGCAUCGAUUCGACGACCGAGACGAGGACGAAGAGGCCCCAGCAAAUUGGCUGGGUUUUACCCAAAAGGAGAAGAACAAGAAACAAAGCAACAAGGAGGUCAUUCCAGAUGGUUGCGAAUUGCAAGAAUGGCAACAAGUCGGCCAUCCCAAUUGCAUGGAACUGCAUCAACUCGACUUGCCACUGCUAUUGAACGAUGCCUUUUCUUCACGAGACAAUAAUACCAACAAUACCACACUUCGACAAGGCGGAAAAUAUCUCUCGAGUGGCAUGUGGCGGGAUGUCUUUCGACUACCAGCAGUUAUGGGGGGAAAUAAGAAUGUAACAGAACAACAUCAUCAUCAUGAUGAUCAUCAUUAUGAUCAUGAUGCCGUCGUCUUGAAAAUGAUGAAAUCCGAGCACGAUGUGGAUGAUCGAAACUUGGAACGUCACAAACGAGAAGCCAUUGUCAUGGAUGUACUGACCAAAAGUCCAAACAUUGUCAAUCUGUUUGCCUAUUGUGGAAAUUCAAUCCUCACGGAAUACCUUGCCAUGGAUUUGGAAGCCUACCUCCGGCCCCGCUCUCGAAGGAAGCGACGCAAGAAAGUACGCCGGGGGCAAAAAGAAGAGGAAUCAUUGACGGAACACCAGGCUCCCCGCGUGACGACACCAGAGGAACGAUUGGAUUUGGCGCUGCAGACUGCCAAGGCUUUGCAAGUCUUGCAUGAAUACGAUAUCAUUCAUGCCGACUUGCAAAGCAAACAGUUCUUGGUGGACUUUGAUGAUGACAACUCAACAACGAGAGUAACGAUCAAGUUGAAUGAUUUCAAUCGAUGCCGAUUCUUGCCACGGGAACAGAACAACAGCAGUCUGCCCAUGAACUCUUCAGUAGUAGUGCCUCCAUUUCCUCCUCCUCCUCCCAUUUGUCCCAUUAUGAUACCGACUGCUCCUGGCUUGGCUCGUAGCCCGGAAGAAUAUGAAAUGCAACCAUUGACGACCCAACUGGAUGUCUACAGUCUUGCCAAUGUUUGGUAUCAAAUCUUGACUGGAAGCAGUCCGUGGGUAGAUCAGGCCAAUACGAAUGUUGUCAAGAAUCUCAUUCUGGACGGCAAGAAACCACCAUUGCCAGUGGACCAAACGAAUAAUAAUACAACAACAGAUUCGGUCGUGGCUGACUGGUUGUAUUCCGCUUAUGAAAUCGACCCAAAUCAACGUGCAACGGCAAAGGACUUGGUCCAAGGGCUGGAACACUUACUACCAUAA